AUGGCUGGUUUCUCGACACACAUCAUCUUUACCUCUGUCCUCUGCCAGCUAACAGUCACAGCAGCUUCUGGAACGCCGAAGGAGGUGGCCGGUGCCCUUGAUGGAUCUGUGACAUUCACUUUGAAUACUACUGAAAUAAAAGUUGACAGUGUUGUAUGGACCUUCAAGACACUCUUUCUUGCCAUAAUAAAUAAAAACGGUAUCGUCAAAUCAGAAAGUUAUGAAGAAAGGAUAGUCUAUUUAGAUAGACACUCCAUGAAGCUCAGCCAGCUGAAGAAGAAUGACUCUGGAGUCUACCGUGCAGAAAUUCACAUUGCAUCACUUCCGUCUCCCUUCAUGCAGGAGUACGUGCUGCAUGUCCAUGAGCACCUGUCAAGGCCCACGGUCAACACAGAUGCGCAAAGCAGCAAGGACGGCACCUGCAUCUUAAAUCUGACAUGUUCCGUGGAACAGGGAGGAGAGAAUGUGACAUACAGCUGGAAAGCUGUGGGACAGACAGUCAAUGAGUUUCAUGACAGUGCCAACCUCUCCAUCUCCUGGAGACUGGGAGAGAAAGACAAGACCAUAAUCUGCACAGCCAGGAAUCCAGUCAACAGCAGUUCCUCAACCCCAUUCCUCGCCCAGAAGCUCUGUAAAGAUGCUGCCAAGGACCUAAAUUCACCCAGGGUCCUCAAAUACAUCCUGUGCGUCACACUAGUGCUCGUCCUGUUCUUUGUCCUGCUGGUGACUAUUCUUUUUAGGUGGAUACCGAAAGGAAAAGGCUUUGAGGAAGACAAGAAGAGAGUGGACGGCCACCAGGAAAUGCCCAACUCUUGCCCUCACUUGGAGAACACAGACUAUGACACAAUCCCUUACACAGAAAAAAAGAGACCAGAAGAAGAUGCACCAAACACACUUUAUUCCACUGUGCAGAUCCCCAAAGUGGUGAAGAGUCCCAGCUCCCCGCCUGCAAUGCCACACCCGCCAAGGUCAUUAAGCUUUGAAAAUGUUAUCUAGACGGCAACACUCCGUCCUCUUACUCAA